UAUUAUAAACGUUACAAAAAGAAACAACAAAAACAAGAGAAAAUGUUUUUCUCUUUCUGACAGCCUAUAGUUGUCCAUGGGAAUGGAUGAUCCUGGACCAUCGAAACCCCUGAAAGGUAUUCUCAAGGGCACGUCCCGUCAGCAAGAGCCCAUCGUGCACCAAAUGGACUGUCCGAUGAGCGCAUCCUCUUCGACUAGCCUACCUCAGUCCAACCUGCAGAGCAACAGCGGCACUGAUGUCGCUAACGCACAGGGUCGACAGCUGAAAGGAAUCCUUCGAUCAAAUCUCCGUGGCAGUGUGUCUGACUCGAACGGGAAGAAGCGAAAGCAGCAAAGAUGGGACGAAGGAAAUAUCCUUGCCACCAGCUGCCACUCAUGGCUGAAGACUGCUGCUGGGUGCAGAGACUCCAAAAGUGGACCACAUUUCUGCAGCAUAACCAUGUUGGAUGACGAAUUUGAAGAGGGCAGGUGUCUGUGUAUGAGCAAGAGGAAGAAGUCCCAGAGUUGGGAUGAAAUAAGUAUAUUGGAGACCCAGCACCCCAGCACGCCAGAUACUUCCUGCACACAGCCCUGGCACCGGGGCAUAGGGAACAGGACUUGUGUUGCUGAUGGUGUUGAAGAAGACUGCUGGAGUAUUGAGUGCUCUUCUGAACCACAGCCCAUGAGCCCUCAAGCAGAGCCAGAGCUUCAGACAGAAGAGUCACUUGAGUGCCUCCAGACAGCAGAGCAGGUGCAAGUCAUGGACACCUCACCUGCAGGCAUGCAUCUCUCCCUGGAGGCAGAGGCGCUGGAGGACAGCACAGACAAUGAGAGAGAUCUUGGAGAGAGCACACACUUUGAGGAGUUGAGGAGAGCAUACAUCAGGGAGUCCCGUCAGGUUCUGUUGGAUAAGGCCUUUGAGGCGCGAUGCAGCAAUGAGGAUGACAGUGACAAAGACACUCCUGACCUCCGUUCGGCUGACCUCAGUCUGGCCACAGCUGCCCACUCUGCUGAUGCUGCAGACACUGAUGGCAGUGAAUGGAGUGGUCAGACUAGCUAACAAAUCCAGACAGGAAACAGAGGGGCUGAAAAGCAAUGAUCUCUUCAGAUUAAUUAACAGUUAAUUCUGUGAUGUCUCAAGGUGUCUCAAAAGAUGUAACCUAAAAAUGGAGGAUUAUUCUGUGGCAACUUUUCAACUUCCUCAACUUUCAACUUCAUCAGAAAAGCAACCUCUCAAUAGACUUUGAACA